UGAGAGGAGAGGCAGUCUGUCCCAGGCCUUCGGUAGGGGAAGUUCUUUCUCCAGGCCUGGGGGAGCAGUAGGGAACUCCAGCCUGGUGUCUGCCAGGCUGCAGACCCUGAGGGGAAGGAUCUAGCUGGUGCGAGGGGCCGAAGGGGAAGCGGCCCAGGGACGUGGACAGACAGACGGAGGGAGAGAAGGAGGCCAGGACGGCUUCCAAUAGAGGGUCCUUGGGUUGGGAUCCAGAGUAGUGGGUGGGCCCAGGUCCCCCCUUCCCCCCUUGCCUUACACCCGGCCGAUGGGAGUGGCCAUCUAGGGCUGCCCCAACCCCCUGCCAAGAGGGGUGUGACUUUGGGGCUGCAGUUGCCUAUGUUGGCCGGGGCACAGAGAGGCAGCUGAUUGACCCCCCACACCCUCCGGAAGGACUGUGAGGAUGGACUAAGGGGCACUGCCGGAGGGCAGUGGCUCAAAGAGGACACCACAUGUUGGGAGCAACGCUAAUUGAAGAAUUCCGGCAGGUCUAUCUCCAGCCCCAAUGAGAAGCGCUGCCAGAUCUGGUCCGGGAGCUAUACCACUUCGCCCAGCUGCACUGAUCUCAUUGUUGGGUAGCAGGGACCUCAUUAGAGAUCCUCAGCUCACCUGCCUCAAUAACACCUCCGUGUCUGCCACUGUCUGCAAAGCCAUCUCUUCUUCAUGAAAGCUACCUCUCCAGCACUCUUCAGAGACAGUGCCUGCCAAUGAGGGCAGCAGCAUGAAAUCUGUACUGGAGACAGCAAUGAACCCUUCUGGGGCAUGGCUGAAUGGAGCUGUCUCCCAGAUGUUUCACCUGAUGGCCGUGGUGUGCCUUGCCUGUGUGGUUCUGAAAGCAAUCCAGCUGUACCGGAGGAAGCAGAAACUACUCAAAAUCUUCAAACGUUUCCCAGGACCUCCCACCCACUGGCUGUAUGGCCACCUUCAAAUGCUUCAACAAGAGGAUGAACUAGACAAUACAGCGUCAUGGGCAGAACAAUACCCAUACUGUUACCCCAUGUGGGUUGGCAGUUUCUUAGGGUUCUUGUGCAUCAACCACCCUGAAUAUGCUAAGGCGGUCUACAGCAGAGGAGACCCUAAGUCUCUUGUGACAUACAGUUUCCUGGUUCCCUGGAUUGGGCAAGGAUUGUUGAUCUUAAAUGGGCCAAAGUGGUUCCAGCAUCGGAGGCUGCUGACGCCGGGGUUUCACUUUGAUAUUUUGAAACUUUACGUGACCAUGAUGGCAGAUUCUGUCCAUGUGAUGCUGGAUAAAUGGGAACAGCUGAUCACACAGGAUAAGUCAGUGGAGCUCUUUGAACAUGUCAGCUUGAUGACUCUCGACAUCAUCAUGAAAUCUGCCUUCAGUUACCAGAGCAACUGCCAGACUGACAGUGACAACUUAUAUAUCCAAACGGUCAUGGACCUCAGCUUGAUGGUGUAUCAGAGAAUCCAGACCCCCCUGCAUCACAACCAUCUCAUUUACUGGCUCAGUUCUCAAGGGGGUCGAUUCCGCAAGGCCUGCAAAUUAGCACAUCACCAUACAGAUAGAGUGAUCAGAGAAAGAAAGGAGUCCCUUAAAGAUGAGCGAGAGCUUGAAAAGCUCCAGAGGAGGCACCACCUGGACUUUCUGGACAUCCUUCUGAGUGCUAAAGAUGAAAAUGGAGCUGGAUUAUCCGAUGAAGAUCUACGUGCCGAGGUGGAAACGUUUAUGUUUGAAGGUCACGAUUCCUCGGCUAGUGGGAUCUCCUGGCUCUUGUACUGCAUGGCCCUGCACCCAGAGCACCAGCAGAGAUGCAGGGAAGAGAUCAAAGAGAUUCUGGGAGACAGAGAUACUGUUCAAUGGGAUGACUUUGGGAAGAUGACCUACACCACCAUGUGCAUCAAAGAGACACUUCGUCUUUACCCUCCGGUACCUGUCGUAGCACGAGAACUCAGUGCACCUGUAACAUUUGUUGAUGGACGUACCUUACCAAAAGGCUCCCUAGUUUCUCUGAAUAUUUAUGGUCUUCACAGAAACCCCACAGUCUGGCACGAUCCAGAGGUCUUCGACCCUUUGAGAUUCUCACCAGAGAACUCAUCUGGACGCCAUUCCUAUGCUUUUCUGCCGUUUGCAGCUGGACCCAGGAGCUGCAUCGGGCAGAGGUUUGCCAUGAACGAAAUAAAGGUGGCUCUUGUGAUGACUCUGCUACGCUUUGAACUCUCCCCUGAUCCAGCCAAGCCCCCCAUCAAAAUACCUCAGGCUGUCCUGCGCUCCAAGAAUGGGAUUCACCUGAACCUGAAGAAACUUCAGUGACACUUAGAUCACUGGGACAGGAAUGUGAUACAUGACAGAGUUUAAUCUAAAUUUGAUUGAAUAACUAGAGCUGGGUGGGAACUGAAAUUUCCCUUUCACGGGAAAUUCUGUGAUUUCAAAAUGGUUUCAUUCAGAAUUGCA